AUGCACCGAUUGUCAAGCGACGCCGCCAGUACCAUCGUUCUAGUUUAUAAGCAGCUAUCCUUAUCGAGGCGAGCUUCUAACCUGUUUAAUUUGGUAAUAAAGCCCAGACUGCUAUCGAUAUCACGGGAUGAUCAUCGCUCUGACGCCCAGCAGUGCAUGACAGAGCAUGGCGCUGAAAACUACAGUUACGGCUUGGACACAGGACAACAAGCCCAGGAGCAUGCAUCUCAGCGUCCAGGAAAGCCCCUGAUCGACAUCUACUCCAUCUGCGCCCAUCCGCGCAUACUUUUUUUGUUGUUGUUACAGGGCCCCUUAACUCAGGCACAGGCGCGCAGCCUCAAAACCUUUCCGUCUAUCUCAAACCUGGUCGCUCCAGCACAGCCGUAUCCACAGCUUUGCAACACCUCCGCCGGGUGUCACGGUUGCACUGUGGCCAGCCAGCCAUCCGCGCAUGACGCGCUUGACGGCGAGCAGCCACUGCAGGACGCAGAGAUGGCAUCCCUCGUUGCCGUGGUCGUUGUCGUACACCGCCCGGCUGAAGGUGCCGCCGCUCGAGUCCCAGGGGCAGCCCAGCCGUUUCAGACAGUGCAGGAUGGCGAAGUCACAACGUAUGCCAGCUACCAGAUAGGGCUCGCCCGUGUCCUGGGUAGGUGA